ACAAAAACAUGGUAUUCAGUAUUCACAUUCUCCCUAUAUGACAUCGACAUAGGUGCCUGCCGUCCUUGAUUCUUUCCAUCCCAAUUCUCCCAAGUGCCAUUUUGAAGGAAAGAAAGAGGAAAAAUGAACAAGCCUCUACGUUUUCUGCUCCAGUUUGCCUUCAUCUUUAUCCUCUCAGAAGCCAAAUCUUCCUGGCUACAGCCCCAAGCUGCGGCAGAAUCCUUCAAUAUCAGCUAUAUCCAGAGUGCGGCGAGCUGUUCUUACACGGCUGUUAUAACAACAAGCUGUUCCUCAACAAGGCACACCCGAGAUCAGAUCAGUAUCUCUUUUGGCGACGCUUAUGGCAAUCAGAUUUAUGCACCGAGGCUGGACGAUCCAUCGUCGAGGGCAUUUGAACGGUGUUCAUCGGAUACAUAUCAGAUAAACGGACCUUGUGCCUACCAGAUCUGUUAUGUGUAUCUGUAUCGUACAGGACCAGAUGGUUGGAAACCUAAGAGUGUGAAAAUCUAUGGCUAUAACAGCAGAGCUGUUACAUUUUACUAUGAUGUCUUUAUCCCAAGUGAUAUCUGGUAUGGAUUUAAUCUGUGUCAGAGUGCUUCUUCCUCAGGUCACCAUUCUGGUUGGAAAUGGUUCAUGUUUGUUGUACUAGGGCUUACUGUUGGUGCUCUGAUGUGAGUGUUUAUCUACCAUUUGCUUUUACAUCUCUUAUUACGUCUUCCUUGGUAAAAGUGUGUAACCUGUUAUACUUGUUUAUUGACAUCGAUAGCAAUGAUUGAAUUCCAGAACACAGCAUGUGAAUUUUAAAUGA